CAAGAUAUUCCAUCGUCUUUGACGAUGUGCAGGGAAAUUGAGUACCAAAAUAUGACACUUCCCAACCCACUGGACUUCACCCACACCACGGUAGCACAGGUUGAAAACUCAACAACGUUCAGCACCCUCAGCACCCUCGCAGAUUCCAAGUGUCACCCCCGUGUUAGAGACCUGGUGUGUGCUACAAUUGUGCCCCGCUGCGAGUCCAGCCCGAACCUCAGGCAGCAGCUGCCCUGUCGGUCCUGGUGUGAAGAGGUGAAGUUCUCUUGUGGAGAACUGGACUCUUGGUCAGCCUUCCCCAGCUGUGAGAUCUUCCCUCAUGCCAACUGCAAUAACGUCAAUACUUCAAGAACUCCAGAGGGAGAGGAGUGCUUCGAUGGAAAUGGUGCCAAUUACAGAGGAGACGAGGCCAGAGGUCCCGUGUCUGGGGUCGACUGUGACCGAUGGGACGAUGACCCAACCUUCACUGCACCGUUCCCCUGGGCAAACCUUGUGGAAAACAAAUGUCGUAACCCUGGCGCACACGGCGACACCAGGCCGUGGUGCUUCACUAGCUCCACAAGUGGAUUUGAGUACUGCGACGUCAUCCCUUGCAAAGCCCUCCGAGACCUGCGAAGAUCCUCCCCACCCAUCCCUACUCAAGACAGGAGGCUCAAGAUACCAGCCGAAACUCAGUAUGCCGAUGAUUUUGACAUUAGCAGUUCUAGUCACCAUCUGGAAAAUAUUCAUGAGGAAGCCUUGAAGGUCCUACCAGAGUGGAAACUACAUGCCAAUGCAAGUAAGACAGAGCGGGUCCACAUCUGUCUGGAGAAGGACAUGGAAGAGGAGUGGAGAAAAAUUAAAGGGUGCAAGGAUCCCGGCAACCCCACGUUUGGAAAGAGAAGACCCAUUCUGAAGUUCUACUGGCCAGGUGAAACUAUCACCUACACAUGUGAUACAGGGUUCAUGUUCAAAAAGGACUCUCCGCCUAAUAAAGCACAAUGUGUUAUUAACAACACAACAGGAGAAGCCUAUUGGGCAACAAAGAGACCAAACUGUGAAGGUAAGAAUUACUAG